GGCUACAUGUUGCCCAACAUGCCAGUGCAAAUGUUUUCUCAAUUAGGUGUCUUAUCUCCGGUGAGCGCGCUCGCAUCAGAUGAAGCUUGCUGACAGCGUAAUGGCAGGGAAAACCUCGGAAGGCUCCAUCAAAUGGCAGCUCUGCUACGACAUCUCAGCCAGGACCUGGUGGAUGGAUGAAUUCCAUCCUUUCAUCGAAGCCCUGCUGCCCCACGUCCGGGCCUUCGCCUACACAUGGUUCAACCUGCAGGCCCGCAAGAGGAAGUACUUCAAGAAGCACGAGAAGCGCAUGUCCAAGGAGGAGGAGCGCGCCGUGAAGGACGAGCUGCUCGGCGAGAAGCCCGAGGUCAAACAGAAGUGGGCGUCGCGCCUCCUGGCCAAACUGCGCAAGGACAUCCGGCCCGAGUUCAGGGAGGACUUCGUGCUGACGGUGACGGGGAAGAAGGCGCCGUGCUGCGUGCUGUCCAACCCCGACCAGAAGGGCAAGAUGAGGAGGAUCGACUGCCUGCGCCAGGCGGACAAAGUCUGGAGGCUGGACCUGGUCAUGGUGAUUUUAUUCAAAGGGAUUCCCCUCGAAAGUACUGACGGGGAGAGGCUGGUAAAGUCUCCUCAGUGUUCGAACCCCACCCUGUGUGUGCAGCCGCACCACAUUGGAGUUUCAGUCAAGGAGCUGGAUCUGUACCUGGCCUACUUCGUGCACGCAGAAACCGGCCAAUCAGAAAGCCCCAACCAGGCCAGCGAAUCAGAUAUCAAGGAGCAGCCGGAGAACGGUCAUCUGGGUUUUCAGGACAGCUUCGUGACGCCCGGCGUCUUCACGGUGGCCGAGCUCGUCCGAGUCUCACAGA